AUGGAAAUUAUGUCGUCAAAACGAUUCAUUUUAUUGAUUUUAGCCACUUCAAGCCUUUUAACAUCAAAUACCUUUUGUGCAAAUGAGUUAAUGAUGUCCAAUUUUUGUGGUAAAGAAACUUCCAAUAAGUAUCCUGAGCCUAGAGGAGAUUCCAAAGAGGAAAAAGAAGGAAGCCUCAAUUUUGGAGAAUUAAAAGAUUGGGGACCAAAAUAUGCCAUUAAGGUGAGCACACCUGCUGUCAACAAAAUGCCACACUCGGCAGCCAAUUUGCCGCUGAGAUUUGGGAGGGCCAUGGAAGAAGAAAGAAGCUCUGGGUCACGGGCUAACUUACCACUGAGAUUUGGAAGAAACAUGGAGGGGCGCAUCUCCAGACAUGUUCCUAAUCUGCCCCAAAGGUUUGGGAGAACAGCAUCAGCCAAAAGUGUCACUAAGGCACUGAGUAAUUUCCUCCAAGGACCCAUGAAUUCUCCAACUGCCAUUGAGUUAAUUUACUCCAUGACCUGCCAGCCCCAUGAAGUUCAGAAUCCUGAUCAAAAACACCCAAGGAGCCUGGGACUCAAGCAAAUAGAUGAUGCAGAAUUGAAACAAGAAAAAUAA